GCGCUUGAAGAAAAUUCAGAUAUUUGUUUGUCAGUUUCUUCUACGCCCGAAUCCCAACCACGGUGGAAGUAAUGUGUUUCUUCCACCGUGAUCCCAACAACCGCAACCAGCCAACGUUGCAACCAGCGUUGAUCCCAAACGUCCCACUGCGCUGUGACGCAUCGCGCUUCGUUCAGUCGCCCAAGGAGGCAUUUCCGUCCAGCGAAGACGUACACGAACAAACUCUAGCAAAAAGAGCAGGCACAACAUUCGUGUACAUUAUUUUCCCUUUGUUUUUACUUGACUCAAGUUUCACUUUCCGUGGACGGCUUUCCCGCUUUCUCUCUCUGCAUCUCACGGAAACCAGUUUGCGGGCGGUGCUGGUUGGUGAAACGGAGAGGCAGACGACACAGUACACGACUCUUGAUGCAGACGACAGGCUGAAAAUCAAGCUGCUCUUCGGUGCACUGUGGGGGAGGAGGGGUGCCAUGUCCCGCACCCUCGCCCUCUUCCUGGGCCUCCUCGCCUGUGGCCUGUUCCUCCUCGCCUCCCUCCCCAAUGCCAUCGAGCCUGCAUCAAAAGCGUCCUCGCGGCACCGCCUGCCCACCCUCCUGGCCUACGAGGGCGAGGCGGAGGUGCACACCUUCUUCUGUGACACCCACCCGAGCACCUGCCCCUCGGUGGCGUUCACCGCGGCCUCAGGGUGGCAGGGCGGGAUACCCGGGCUGCGCAACUUGCAUCUCUACUCGGCGCACUACGACGACCGGGUCAUGGUGCACGGGGGCAAGAACCGGCACCACGUGCGGAUGCUCGGGGUCGUCAAGUCGGAGGACGCGGACGCGACGCGCCUCUUCUGCCAGUUCUGGUACGCCGAGCUCCCCCGUCCCAUUGUCGUUGAGUCGGAGCGCACCGAGAUCUGGCUCCAGUCCUGGGACGGGGCCAGCACCCACCCGGGCCAGUACUAUCGCCCCUUCGUCUUCUCCUGCCCCGUGCCGUACAACAUCUCCCAUGCUCUGCCGGCAGGACCGCGAAACGCGUCCCUCGUAGCCGAACCCUGCGCCUGCCCCUCAAACUCCCUCCCCCUCCCCGUCACCAACGUCCCAACGGACGGCAAGAAACGAGGCAUCGCCGUCUGCGUCAAGGGGCUGGACUUCGCGGACGACAUUUCCGCACGCCUCGUCGAGUGGCUGGAGCUGCAGUUCCUACUCGGUGCAGACCGCAUCUUCUUCUACGUCUUCAAUGUGCACCCCAAGGUUGACCUGGUGCUGCACUACUACCGCCGGUUCCGCAACGUCCAGUUCGAGAAGCUCCGUCUGCCGGGACUCGACGAAACCAACGCCCCACUGCGGAGGAGGAGCUACCUCGCGAACAACACUUGGCAGAAGCGGAGGCAUGAGCUGAUCCCGUACAACGACUGCUACUACCGCCACAUUCCGACGCACCACUUUGUUUUGCUCGUUGACGUCGAUGAAGUCGUGGUCCCGCGGAAGCGUUCGUCUUGGAUCGAGGCACUCGACGAAGUUGUCUCAGAUACGCCGGGGGUGCUUGCAACGUAUGCGUCAUUUGCUGUGCCCAACGCCUACUUCUUUGAGCGGUUCGAACGCGAGCCGAGCUGGUCGUGGUUCCUGGGUCGCACAACUCGGUCGGCCAACUUUACGCGGCCCGGGUUUGCGGUGAAGAGCUUCUUCACAACGAACUCGUCACUGGCCGUGUUCAACCACUACACAUUGGUGCCGCUGUAUACUAAGAUUCAGCGCGUCGCGCUGCUGAGCAGGGACCUCAUUCAGCUCAACCACUACAGGGAGGGGUGUCCACGUGAGAUGGAUGCGCAGUGCCGCGAUGACUACUUCCGCUACACCGUCAGGGAUGUGACGCUGCGGAGGUUCGAGGCCAAGUUGAGGCGGAAGGUUGAAGAGGCAAAGCGUGGCCUCAAGAUCAAGUUUCUUGUUCAGGUGUGAGCGGGGAGGUCAACUGCCGCCAGUGUGACGUGCCCGGUGAUGAACCGCUGUGGCCCCUUCUGCAAGUCUUCAAUGUCUGUGCUAGGAUGAUCAGGCAACACACGGGUGGUCACGCAACACACAAGUGGUCACGCUCAAACAUAAAUGUGCGAAACUUUUAAGGUUUUUCGUUUGAGACCAAGCAAUAGGUUAUGCUUAGAGUAUCGGCACUCCAUUCCCCAAUUUUCUGGUGGACGCCACCAUUUUGGUGCUUGGAGCAGAGCAGGUGCAAUUGGCAAUUGUUACAAUUAGAAACUUUGACCUUCCAAGCUUUCGGGCUGUAUCGUUUUGCUCCGUCGCAAACUGUUUUAACAUUUCUGGUAGACGAAAAACUGUUUCUCUGCAAUUUCAGAUAAAGCUUCCGGUAGCCGGCAACCAUGGUCUUAUCCAACAAGAUUGCUAAAGCGUCAUCAGUCUGAAGCAUAGUUCUAGUCUGUCUGCAAUUAGUCGGCUGCACGGCUGUCAAUUGGUGUGUCUGUGGACACAUUUCGAAAUUUACUCUAUCCGGCUUCAGAGUAGAGGCUAGCUCACAAAUGUGCAUUUAAGUGUGGCCGAGUGGAUCGUGACCACUUAUGUGACUUUUUACGCUGACAGACCACACUGGCGCCAUCUAUUGUGCAGCCCUGGAACACCUUCGAUCUUCAUAUAGUUCACCUUUUACACAUUGUGCUUUCACUGUGGACUUUAAAUACUUUUGAGAAUGUUAUUAGCAACCAUUUCUCAUAGAUAAUGCGUAGAUUUGAUCUCUCAAGUACUGUAAAGCCUGCAGUCUUGUUACACACAGGUCCAGGGUUGCCCGAUGGAUGGUGCCAGUGUGCCAUUGUGUUUUUAAGUGUUCACAGAACACACACAGCCACACUCAAACAUAGAUGUGCAAAACCUUGAAGGUUUUUUGUUCGAAAACCUAUAUUAGCCAGAAUAUGUACUCUAUUCAAAAACCUGGACCUCGAGAUUUUGCAAUCAAGUCUAUGCGUGACAAAUUUAAUUUGGUAGAAGUGGUAGACAAGAUUGAGCAGAACAGGUGCAGCGUUGUUGUGGCUGCAAAAUUAAUUAUUAAAAAAAAAAAUCUGUUUUAGAGAUUUUUGAGAAAUGUGAUCAACUUUGUUCACAAUGUUUUUGUACUAGGAAUUGAAGGGAAAACAACACUGCCAGUGUAGGAUGAUUUUUGUCUGGACUUGUGAGAUGUGUUGGCCAUCCAGUUAGUCAGCAUCAAUUUCUACUUUUCUUUAUAAGUGAGGUGGCACAGGCUACUGCCCGUUAUGUAGGAUACAGCCAUUGAUAAUUCGUCCAUCCAUCCAUUAGUUUUAUUAGUGCUGGAGAGUCCAGAAAUGCUGGCAUUUCACUAACAAAAUUCUGAACAGUAUGUCCUUUGACGUUGCUUGUUUAUUAUGACAGAACAAUGUGAGAUCAUUUUUUUACUUGGGUGCUGACUGAAGAUUUUUUCUUAUAUAUAUAUAUAUCCUCAAAAGGACCAAUAUUUUGCUCCAGUGCCUUAGAAGAAAUCUCUACUAGUUCUUUCCAAUUUUUCAAAGUGUUUGGGGGACUAUAUACAACCUGUCAAACCAUAUGCUGUGAGUAGUUGCUGCUGUCCUUUACACUAGCGUGUAUGCUUAUUAUGACAAGUAAUUGGAGCUCUGGGAACACUAGUGUGAAUGUUUAUUGUGACAAGUAAUUAGAGCUCUGGGAAUUAGCUUAUUUCAUUAGCAGUUUUGUGUCUUUUAUAAGAGAUUUCUUUUUGUAAGUAAUGAUUUUACUGGGGGCCAUUUAUACUGCAAAACUAUUAUAAAAACUACCAGAAGUACUUUGGUGCUUUUUAAGUCAUUUGAUUGUUAAAGAAGAUUAAGUUUUUACUCAAGAACCAAUUCAGGUGUGAAAACUUUAGGCUGCAAGUACUAAAUUUAUUGCACAUGCUUAGUUUAUUAUCGGUUCCUCAAUUCAGUGCAUAAAUUUCCUGCCGGGUCUGUUGAGGGAUGUGUACAAAGUAAGAUAGUAUGUGAUAAUAACUGGCUGGCAGAGAAAUUAUGUUUUAAAAUCUGGUAAUGUGGUCAUCUCAUCAAAUACGUUUGAGAAAUGAAUGACUUGUAAUAUAUAGGGUGGUUCAAGUCACCAGGCUCGAUCUAAAGUGUACCAUAAAAUUCGACGCCUGCACGUA